AUGACUAGUGAGAAUGAUAAUUCAGUCCUAUUGCCGCCUGAUUCGUACGGCUCGGUGGUUCUCGGUGGCACCUUCGACCGCUUACAUGACGGCCAUCGCCAAUUCCUCAAGGCUGCGGCUGCGGUGGCGAGGGAUCGAAUCGUGGUUGGUGUUUGCGAUGGCCCCAUGCUCGCUAAUAAACAGUAUUCUGAUUUGAUAGAGCCAAUUGAGCAAAGAAUGAAAAACGUUGAAGAGUACAUUAAGUAUGUUAAGCCAGAGUUGGUUGUGCAAGCAGAACCAAUUGUGGAUCCUUAUGGUCCGUCAAUUAUCGAUAAUAAUUUGGAAGCUAUUGUUGUAAGUAAGGAGACAUUUGCUGGGGGAUUAUCUGUUAAUAAAAAGAGGGCCGAGAGAGGUCUCUCACAGCUAAAGAUUGAAGUUGUUGAUUUAGUACCUGAAGAAUCUAGUGGAAACAAAUUGAGUUCUACAGCCUUGAGGAAACUUGAAGCCGAGAAACGCAAGAUGCUUCAGGUGGAAGGUGAGCUGCUGAAGAAAAGCUUUGAUGAGAAUGUCCCGUUUAGCAAAUCCCUCUAUUCCAGCCAAACGAGCUGUCUCAUAGCUUCCUCCACUUCGUCUUCCAAAAGUCUGAAUCCCGAGGUUUUAGCGCCAGGCACCAGCUGA